CAAUUAGGGUAGUUAUGCUUAUGCUGAUUCCUUUCGCUUUCUUCUCUUUAUUAAUACGUUCGUUUUCUUCAUGCCGGUGCAAUUCACACUGCUGAAGAGACAAAUCAAAGUAUAGAAAUGGCUGUCACGGCGGACGGAGGAGGUGCUGCGGCUGCCGCCUCUCUCUCUCUUCAAGACACGCCCACUUGGGCUCUUGCUACUGUCUGCUUCAUCUUCAUCUCUGUUUCCAUUUUUAUUGAGCACAUGAUCCACCUUAUCUCCCAUUGGCUCAAGAAACAUAGGCAAACUGCACUCUUUGAAGCAGUGGAGAAGCUUAAAUCAGUUCUUAUGGUGUUGGGUUUCAUGUCUCUAAUUUUGACUGUAACACAGAGAGGUAUUUCCAAAAUUUGUGUGCCCAUUGAAGUUGCAGAGACCUUGCUUCCAUGUCGUAGAACUGCUCUUAAAAAUAUCAAAGCAAUAGGAUCAUUAGAGCAAUUAUGGGCUAACAUUGGUCAAAGUUCAUUUCAUGAAAGAAUAUUGGCUGCAGAUCAAGACUCUAACCACUGUCCUGAGAUGGGGUCAAAUUUCAAAAGUGCAGUGCUAGAAAAAGAAAUAUCAAAUGUCCUUAAAAAAUGGCAUGCUGUCGUCAGGCAGAAAAGGAAAAACCAAGAAUCUUCGCACGGUCAGGACUGUUCUUCAAGAGGUAGCAGCAGUAAUAAAGCCACAGCACCAUGUUCCUUAGAAUUCUCUUCUCAUCAACAUAGGACUCCAACUUUCUCAGAAAACUCUGCUUUUACCGGAAUUAAUGAGAUUUUAGAAGAAAAUCAACCAACUCACCAGGGCAUUGUUCCAUCUUCUGAGAUGGAAAUAGAAAUGCCCAACCUCACAUUCUCUAUGGUAGACAACGGUAUAGCCAAAGGUUAGUAUCCACGCAAAGAUUAAGAGUGCAUUUGGGAUUAUUGUGAAGUGCUGUGACUGUGGUUGUAACUGUGGUUGUGCUGCACUGUACUGUAAUUAUAGUUGAAAGUUAUUUUAGUGUUAGGAUAUUUAUUUCUUAAAAGUACUAUAAAUUAUAUAUGGUAAA